AAGUUCGGCUAUGUUUUUCUUUCUUUUGGUGAAAAACAAAAUGUCUUCUACCGAAUCCAAAGUAGAAACCAUAACCCAACUCAUGUCUUUUCAUCAUCAUCCUCUAUUAUUUACGAAUGCCUCUUCUAUUCAUUGCAUUUUGUGCGAAACAGAAGAAAGUGAAGAUAGCUUGGUCUGCCAAUGCAUUGAGUGUGGCUUCUCAUUGCAUAUAGAAUGCGUAGAGAUCUUCGAGCUCUUCCGUGCAGUCACUUUCCCAAGAUCUUCAUCAAUGGAAAUCACGAUUGUCAUUUUUGUAAAAUUGAUCUUUCGACGACGUCUUUGUAUGCUCGUUGCACGAUAUGCAAUGUAAACAUGGAUCUAGACUGUAUGGUGAAUCUACCACCACUCACUAUUUUCGAGCCAAAGCACCAUAAGCAUAGCUUCAACCUCUUGUUACGAGUAGUCACCUUUACUUGUAAUGCAUGUGGAUUGGAAGGUGACCGUAAUCCUUAUGUAUGUUAUGAAUGCCAUCUCAUGGUACACAAAGAUUGUAUUGAAGGUCUACCGGGAGUCAUAUACAUCAAUCGGCAUGAUCAUCGUGUCUCUCACACUUUUCAUCUUGGUCAAGAAGAGAGAGAUUGGGAGUGUGGAGUUUGUCGUAGGACGAUUGAUUGGGUCUACGGAGCAUAUACAUGUUCUCUUUGUCCUAGUUAUGCUGUUCAUUCAAAAUGUGCAACGAGGAAAGAAGUGUGGGAUGGUAGAGAACUCGAAGAUGUGUCCGAAGAAGAUGAAGAAAUUGAAGAUCCAUUCAAAGUAAUUAAUGAAACGGAUAUCAUACAUUUUAGUCAUGAAGAACAUGUACUUAGAUUGGAUGAGAAUUGUCAUAUGGAAAAUGACGCUACGCGUUGCCGGGGGUGCAUUCUUGCUAUUAAUGGCAAUCUAUCCUACAAAUGUCUGGAAUGCGAUUUCAUCAUUCACAAAGUAUGUGCAAGUCUUCCGCGGAAGAGACGACAUUUUUUGCACAACCAUAAACUCACUCUACGAGUUGACAAGGCUUCUAUAUUUUUAUGUUCUACUUGUGAUACCACUCCUAAUGGUUUCAGAUACGAGUGUGACGAAGACCAUGGCGAUGAAGAAUUUGUCUUUGAUCUUCAGUGUAGUUCCAUAUCAGAACCCUUUCUACACGAUUUGCAUCCACACCCGUUAUACUGGACCUUGGAACAUUCCAAAAAGUGUAAGGCUUGUGGCACCAAAGCAGGUUAUGAUCUCAACUGUAUAGUGUGUGAUGAUUACUCAUUAUGCAUGACGUGCGCUACUUUACCAAGUAAAGUAAAACAUAGGUGUGACGAUCAUCUUCUGUCACUACGUCAAGGUGCUUCUGACUUCGAUACUGGUCACUUGUGGUGUGAUAUUUGUGAGACCAAGACAGAUCCGAGUGUAUUUUACUAUACUUGUGAUGAUUGUGGGGUCAGCCUUCAUUUAAAGUGUGUACUUGGAGAUUUAUAUAAUGCGAAGCUAGGACUAAUAGAUCCCAGAGAUCCCGCUCAUGAAGUACUUCCCAAUAAUGGUGUUACUCGACCUUUCUGCUUCCAUUGUGAACUUCGUUGUAAGUUCCCCUUCCUUAUAAGGAGAGCUACAGAAGAAUUUACUCUUUACUAUUGUUCGCUAAAUUGUUGUUUAGAAGCAGCCUUCUAUAUUCCACCUGUAACAGAUGAAGGGUAGAUUUUAGAUAAGCACGAGUAAUAUGUAAUUUCAUUUUAUUUGUUUUGCUUCAACAUUACAUUUAACUCUAUUAUUUAUUUUAGUAAAUAUUCUAUCUAUCGUGGAAUUACCAUUUAAGGUUUUAAUUACUCCCUCUGUUUCUAAUUAAGUGUACUUUGUUGUUUUUAUUUUUCUAUGCAAACAUUAAAUGUAUUUAAUAGUUUUUAACCAAUUAUAUUUUACAUCAUAGUUUUUUAUUGGUUGGAUUAAUUAUAAUUAAUGAUGUUUUUAUAUGAAAGAGAUAAAUUAAAUG